GUCCUUCAUUGCAACGGAAUUCACCGCUCGUUGUCCUUCCUCCCAUCCCGCAACAGCAUGGCAAACUUGGAACAAGUUGAAGAAGACCCUAAAGCCGUGAAAACGUCAACGGAGGUUUCUGCUUUAAGUCUACCGAAUCCAAACGGACUGUCAACGGUAACGGCCACGUACACAAUCACGCCGCCAUGCUUGAUCCCUUCGUUCGCUGACGCAUGUAAGCUGGUGUCGGCGCCGUACUCGUGCCUGGUCAUGCACACACACAGGAGGCAUUUAGCCCUCUCACCCAUGUACUUGAAUAAGAAGCGGACUGGCAUACAGGAUGAACUGAACACAGAACUCCUCAGAUAUUCAGAAAGUUUGAAGGGAGUGCCUCUGGCUUAUGACAACAUCCGAAUUCUUGGUCCGCAAGGGAAUAUCCAUGAUGAUAGUGGCUACAUCCAUCUGGACGUAGAAGCGAGCUUUGUUGUGUUUAAGCCCCAGAAAGGGAAAAAAGUUCUGGGAGUCGUGAAUAAGCUGGCUCUGAACCAUGCUGGCUGUCUGGUCCACGGAUGCUUUAAUGCCAGUAUUCCCAAACCCUCCCUGGUUACCGUGGAGACAUGGAGAGAGAAUGGGCCCGAGAUAGGGGCGGAGCUGGAGUUUCUGGUGUCGCAGCUGGACGCCGAUACAGCAGGGGUGAUGCUGAUCAGAGGAAUGCUGGACAGAACAAGGGUGCAGGAGCUGAUGGCUAUGGGAGAAGAUUCAGGAUAUGAUUUCCCCAUACAAGACCAGGAAGAGCCCGCUGUGGACCUUGUGUUAGUACCCACCGUAGAACCCACCGUAGAACCCACCGUAGAACCCACAGUAGAACCCACCGUUGAACCCAUCAAAGACUCUGUGGAUGGGACCCUGACUCCCAAGAAAAAGAAAAAGAAAAACAAACACCGAGAUGAGGAGGAAGCUGCAGUUCCAGCCUUGAGCCCACCAGAGAGCGCUCUAACACAGGAGUUGGAUGGAGCGGCAGAGGACACCAGCAUCAACACCCACCCAGGGGAGAGGGAGAAGAAGAAGAAAAAACGGAAGGAUAAACACGGAGAGGUAGAAUCUGUGGUACCAUGUUCCAUCUUUCCUGAAGUCGUCGUGAAACCAGAGCCAGACGAAACAGAAGGUGCAGAUUUGGGGGUGGAGCAGAAGAAGAAGAAAAAGAAGAAGAAAGAGAAAGAGAUAGAGAAGGAAGUGAAAGCAAAGAAAGUGAAAGAGGAGGAAAUGAAAGAGGAGGAGGUUACCGUACCUAUUGAGGUGCCAGUGAGUGACUCCAGUGGUUACCUAAGCGACAAGCCUAAUAGGAAGAGGAAACCUGUGCCGUUUGAUGAUAUCACAUCCUGUUUCGAGAGAGACCCAGAAACACCCAAAUCCAAAAAGAAAAAGAAAAGCGAAUCUCGCAAUGUUUGAAAGACUAAGUCAUAUCAAAGGACCACACAAUCACUAUUAUGAUGAGAUGCUUAAGAUACCCUGGAGUCAUAGUUUUGUAUUGUUAGCAUCAAACUCUAAUGCUCUGAUCUCACAGUUCAUGUACUUUCCUAAAACCACCUGAAGGGGGCGCUAAUUGGUUGCUAAUGUUCACUGAAAUGUGAUUCACAGCCGUACUUGGUGUGACUACCUACAAAAUGUAAGGUAUCUUGUUUGAAGUGUUGAGGGACACAUAAUGAAUUUAUAAUGAAUUUAGAGAACUUCUGUCAGUCUAUUACCCGAUACUACAGUGUAUGGGUGAUAUGGCCUAUUGGUUAAGGUACUGACACAUGGUGCUGUCUACUGGCGUCUUAUUACCUGAACUGAUCAAAGAGCCCUACGAACAUCAAGGGUUUAUGUACAUUAAAUAAUUAUAUAUUUUGAAAA